AUGUUUUACCCACAUACACUACCCAAUUUUCAAGUAACAAGGUAUAUUCAAUUGAGAAUUCACGAACCAGCUACCUCCUGCUCAAUCCAGUUUAUCAUACAAAUGACCUUCCCACCACCAGAGAUAACAGAUAUAGUUCUGGAAAUUGCAUCAAUUCUACGAUCCAAAAAUCAAACAUUGGCUAUUUCAGAAGCAGCAUGUGGUGGAUUAAUAUCAGCCUAUAUAGUCUCAGUCCCAGGUGCAUCCGAUUUCUACAUAGGUGGUAAAUUAUUAUAUUCAUUAAAACAAAGAUUGAAACUUUCAGGUUGGUCAGAUGAAGAAAUUUCCAAUUAUAUGGGACCUAGUGAACAAGUGGCUUUGAAAUUGGCAAGAACUGCAAGGUAUGAAUUAGGAUCGACUUAUGUACUUUCGGAAACUGGAUUUGCUGGACCUUCAACUGAUUUACACUUAUCUAACAAGCGGAAAGAGGGAACUAGUCUGACCGACGAUGCAAAGAAGAGUAAUAGUGAUGAUUAUAGUACAGUAGCACCAAAUGUAGGUACAGUAUUUCUUGGAUUUACGGGACCGACGGGUGAUUUCUCAACAGAAAAGGAGUUUGGAAACCAAGACAGAUCAAAGAAUAUGACUGAUUUUGCCAAAUUUGCUUUGGAGUUUUUGUUGGAACAAUUGCGAAAGUGA